AUGGCGCCCCGCUGCUGCCCCAGCUGUGUGCUCUGCCUCCUCCCCUGCCUGCUGCUCCUCUUCCAGACGCCCCGGGGGUCUACAGAUCCGUUCUGGGUGAUUGCCCCCCCUGACCCCAUUGUGGCAGAACUGGGGGAGGACGCCACACUGUCCUGCUCCCUGUACCCAGCCAUGAGUGCAGAGGACAUGGAGGUGAGGUGGUUCCGGUCCCAUAUCUGGGAGUCAGUGUUCACCUAUCAAGACCGGCAGGAGAGGAGUAAGGAGCAGAUGGCCCAGUACUCAGGGCGGACCUCACUGGUGGGGGGAUCCCUCAGUGAGGGGAAAGCUGCUGUGCGCAUCCACAAGGUCCAGGCUGCCGACAACGGGCUGUACACCUGCAGCUUCAGAGACGGAGACGUCUAUGAGGAAGCCAGCAUGGAGCUGCGGGUGGCAGGUGUGGGCUCUGCACCCCAAGUGCACAUCACCGGGCCCGAGCAGGACGGGGUGCGCGUGGUGUGCAUGGCUUCAGGCUGGUUCCCGGAGCCCCAGGUGCAGUGGAGAGACCCCCGGUGGGAGCAGCUCCUGGGGUUCUCCCAGGUUCAAGCCCAGGACCCUGAGGGGCUGUUCAUUGUGGAGGCCGCCCUGGUGGUGAGAGACAGCGCUGUGGGGAGUGUGACCUGCUCCAUGCUCAACCCCAUCCUGGGCCAGGAGAAGGCCAUGACCAUUGUCCUUCCAGAGCCCUUCUUUCCCCGGGUCUCCCCCUGGCAGCCGGCUCUCCUGGUCAUCCUGCCCUUGCUGCUGCUCCUGCUCCUGGGGGCUGCCUACUGCACCUGGAGAGAACAUUCUAGAAUGAUGCCAGAACUGGGAGAGCUGUGGGAGCUGCAGCAGCUGAGGAAAUGGGGGAUUCUGCAGAAGUUUAUAGAGAAUGACAGACAGAGCAUAGAAGAUGCUCUGAAGGACACAG